CUCGAGUGCUCGUGGGCGCUCCGGCAGCUGCUGCUGAGGCCAAGCCUUCUCCCUGUGCGCCCUGGCCUGGGGACCCCGGAGGCCUGCAGCCCCUGCUCCAUGGGGACACUGGUGGCCAAGCUGCUGCUGCCCACCCUCAGCAGCCUGGCCUUGCUCCCCACGGCCAGUGUCGCGGCCCGGAGGCGCUUCCACAUGGAGGCCAUGGUCUACCUCUUCACCAUGUUCUUCGUGGCGCUCCACCAUGCCUGCGACGGGCCCGGCUGGUCUGUGCUCUGCUUCAUGCGCCAGGACCUCCUGGAGUAUUUCAGCAUCUACGGGACGGCGCUGAGCAUGUGGGUCUCCCUGAUGGCACUGGCCGACUUCGACGAGCCUCAGAGGUCGACAUUUGUGAUGCUUGGCGUCCUGACCAUCGCAGUGCGGACCUACCAUGACCGCUGGGGCUACGGGGUGUACUCGGGCCCCAUUGGCAUGGCCGUCCUGGUCAUCGCAGCUAAGUGGCUGCAGAAGAUGAAGGAGAAGAAGGGUUUGUACCCCGACAAGAGUGUCUACACCCAGCAGAUAGGCCCCGGCCUCUGCUUUGGGGCGCUGUCCCUGAUGUUGCGCUUCUUCUUUGAGGACUGGGAUUACACCUAUGUCCAUAGCUGCUACCACUGUGCCCUGGCCAUGUCCUUCUUCCUGCUGCUGCCCAAGGUCAACAAGAAGGCUGGAAACGCAGGGCCCCCGGCCAAGCUGGACUUCUCCACCCUUUGCUGUGCUUGUGUCUGAUCAUGUUGCCCCCAGCUCCAAGCCCUGCCCUCCUGUUUAGGGACCAGAGUCCCCAAUCUCUCCUGGGGGUCCUCUUGUCCUUCCCACCUGGGGUGUCCACGAGGAGCCGUCUCUUCACUAUCCUGAGAGGUCCCCAGGGGUAGCAAGGCACCCUCCACCCUCCGCUACCUGUUCACUCUGAGCCAGUGCUCAGCUCUGUGCUGGGAAGAAAGGAACUUUCUCUGCAAAGUUCCUGACCACCAGGUGUGCCUGGCGACCCCAAGGCCGGCAUCUGUCCUCCAUCCCUCCCCUCUUCUCCCACAGCUGGCUAGGGCCCAGAAGUCCUAGCCCAGUGCCCACCAAGACCCGGGAAGCCAUCCGCCCAGGAAACUGGUGUUGCCUGUUUUGUCCCUGCCCUGGCUCUGAAUGUCCCCAUUUAGAGUCCAACUUUGUCCUGGGCCCAGGCCUGCCCCUCAGCCACCCUUCCAGCCAGGUCCUGGAUCGAGCUGUCUCAGCAACAACAAUCAAUAAGAAGCACCCCGUU